AUGGCCUUGGCAAUUUUCUCAGAAUCACAUCUGCUAUGUGUGACCUGCUCUAAAGGAAUACUUGUUAGAGAAGUACCAAAAUCUGACUUUACAAAAUCUGGCUUACAAAGGGUUGUUGGUUCCCGUUUGGAUUCAUCUGGAUUUAAGGAUAGUGAUAGACGUAUUAGUAGAAACUGUAAGUCAUCUGAAAGAGUCCAGAGGAGGCUCCGGGUGCCGCGUGGCCGGUCGGCCUUCCAGCGACCCACGGAAGGUUCGGAAGCCCGGGCAGCGCCAGCGUCGCUGACAUCCGCUCCCCCCGCUCGCCCCCCGCCUAGCCUUCCCGCCGAAUUCGGGGUGGCGUGUCGCAGGCCGGGUCUUGCACCCCUUCCCCUUUGGCUGCUGCGUAUUGGCUUCCAGCAGCCACCGCCACGGCCAGACUGGUUUUACCAACUGUCAGAGCGUCAGGAAGGAGGCCGGGCUUCCCUCCCGUCCCACACAAAGCCCAUCCGUAACGCGACGGCGAUCGCCCCCGCCCCCCCCCCGCCGCAGCCCCCGCUUCCCGACGGGGAGGACGCACUCCUUCCCCACCUCCGCUCCGAGGAGCGGAUUUCCAGUCCCAGCUCUCCCGCAGCCCGAGAGCCGCCCGCAUUUUGGACGAUGCCAGCUGCAGGGGAAGCAGCUGCAUACUCUGGCAAGCGCACUGUUCGCCAUGGAUUCCCCUACCAGCCCUCAGCGCUGGCCUUUGAUCCUGUGCAGAAGAUCCUGGCAGUAGGAACUCAGACUGGUGCUUUAAGGCUCUUUGGUCGUCCAGGAGUAGAAUGUUACUGCCAGCAUGACAGCGGAGCUGCAGUGAUCCAGCUCCAGUUCCUGAUUAAUGAGGGCGCACUUGUGAGUGCAUUGGCUGAUGACACCUUACACUUAUGGAAUUUACGUCAGAAAAGGCCUGCCAUACUACAUUCACUUAAAUUUUGCCGAGAAAGGGUUACCUUUUGCCAUCUGCCUUUCCAGAGUAAGUGGCUCUAUGUGGGCACUGAACGAGGUAAUAUUCACAUCGUCAACGUGGAGUCCUUUACACUCUCGGGUUAUGUCAUUAUGUGGAAUAAAGCCAUUGAACUGUCAUCUAAAUCCCACCCGGGACCUGUUGUUCAUAUAAGUGAUAAUCCAAUGGAUGAAGGGAAGCUUUUGAUUGGCUUUGAAUCUGGAACAGUAGUCUUAUGGGACCUCAAAUCAAAGAAAGCAGACUACAGAUAUACAUAUGAUGAGGCUAUUCACUCUGUGGCUUGGCACCAUGAAGGAAAGCAGUUUAUUUGUAGUCAUUCAGAUGGCACUUUGACCAUAUGGAAUGUGAGGUCACCUACCAAGCCUGUGCAGACAAUCACUCCACAUGGAAAGCAGUUAAAGGAUGGGAAGAAGCCAGAGCCAUGCAAACCUAUCCUCAAGGUGGAAUUCAAGACAACUAGAUCUGGGGAACCUUUUAUUAUUUUAUCAGGAGGUUUAUCAUAUGAUACUGUAGGAAGAAGACCUUGCUUAACAGUGAUGCAUGGGAAAAGUACAGCUGUGCUGGAAAUGGACUAUUCAAUUGUUGAUUUCCUAACACUCUGUGAAACUCCAUACCCCAAUGAUUUCCAAGAACCAUAUGCUGUUGUUGUUCUUCUAGAAAAGGAUUUAGUACUAAUAGACCUUGCACAGAAUGGAUAUCCUAUAUUUGAAAAUCCUUACCCUUUGAGUAUACACGAAUCCCCUGUUACAUGUUGCGAAUAUUUUGCUGACUGUCCUGUGGACCUUAUUCCUGCACUUUAUUCUGUUGGCGCUAGACAGAAACGUCAAGGUUACAGCAAAAAGGAAUGGCCCAUUAAUGGAGGUAACUGGGGCUUGGGUGCUCAAAGUUACCCAGAAAUAAUUAUUACAGGGCAUGCUGACGGGUCAGUUAAAUUCUGGGAUGCUUCUGCAAUAACUUUACAAGUACUAUAUAAAUUAAAAACAUCUAAAGUAUUUGAAAAGUCAAGAAAUAAAGAAGACAAACCAAGCACAGACAUUGUUGAUGAAGAUCCGUAUGCCAUUCAGAUCAUCUCCUGGUGCCCAGAGAGUAGAAUGCUGUGCAUAGCUGGAGUUUCAGCUCAUGUCAUUAUUUAUAGAUUCAGCAAACAGGAAGUGAUUACUGAAGUCAUUCCGAUGCUUGAGGUUCGAUUGUUGUAUGAAAUAAAUGAUGUGGAAACUCCAGAGAGUGAGCAGCCACCACCCUUGUCGACGCCUGUAGGAGGUUCCAAUCCACAACCCAUUCCCCCUCAGUCUCAUCCAUCCACCAGUAGCAGUUCAUCUGAUGGGCUUCGUGACAAUGUUCCUUGCUUAAAAGUUAAAAAUUCACCACUUAAACAGUCUCCAGGCUAUCAGACAGAACUAGUUAUUCAGUUGGUAUGGGUGGGUGGAGAACCACCACAACAAAUCACCAGUCUGGCAGUCAAUUCUUCCUAUGGACUUGUGGUUUUUGGCAACUGCAAUGGUAUUGCUAUGGUUGACUACCUACAGAAAACAGUCUUACUCAACCUGGGGACUAUCGAGUUAUAUGGCUCAAAUGAUCCUUACCGCAGAGAACCUCGGUCUCCUCGUAAAUCUCGACAACCUUCUGGAGGUUCUUCAUCACCACACAAUUCAGAUGAUGAACAAAAAAUGAAUAAUUUUAUAGAAAAGGUGAAGACCAAAAGCAGAAAGUUUUCCAAGAUGGUAGCCAGUGAUAUAGCAAAGAUGUCAAGGAAGUUAAGUCUGCCAACUGAUCUAAAGCCUGAUUUAGAUGUAAAGGAUAAUUCCUUCAGCAGAUCACGGAGUUCGAGUGUAACCAGCAUUGAUAAAGAAUCCCGAGAAGCCAUCUCUGCUCUUCAUUUCUGUGAAACUUACACUCGAAAGGCAGACUCAUCUCCAUGCCCAUGUCUGUGGGUUGGAACAACACUAGGAACAGUGCUAGUCAUUGCCCUGAACCUUCCCCCAGGGGGAGAACAAAGACUCCUACAGCCGGUGAUUGUGUCUCCAAGUGGUACUAUAUUGAGACUAAAAGGUGCAAUUUUGAGGAUGGCCUUUCUGGAUGCCACAGGCUGCUUAAUACCACCUGCCUAUGAACCCUGGAAAGAACACAAUGUUCCUGAAGAAAAAGAUGAGAAGGAGAAAUUAAAAAAGCGGCGGCCUGUCUCAGUAUCCCCCUCAUCUUCUCAGGAAAUUAGUGAAAACCAGUAUGCAGUGAUAUGUUCUGAAAAGCAGGCAAAAGUGAUCUCACUGCCAACACAAAACUGUGCUUAUAAGCAGAACAUUACUGAGACCUCGUUCGUACUCCGAGGAGAUAUUGUAUCUUUGAGCAACAGCAUCUGCCUUGCGUGUUUCUGUGCAAAUGGUCAUAUUAUGACUUUCAGUUUGCCAAGUUUAAGGCCUCUGUUGGAUGUGUAUUACUUACCCCUUACCAAUAUGCGGAUAGCCAGAACAUUCUGCUUCACCAACAAUGGACAAGCAUUAUAUCUUGUUUCACCCACGGAAAUCCAGAGACUUACGUAUAGUCAGGAGACAUGUGAAAAUCUUCAGGAGAUGUUGGGUGAACUCUUCACUCCUGUGGAAACACCUGAGGCACCGAACAGGGGAUUCUUUAAAGGCUUGUUUGGAGGUGGUGCUCAGUCUCUUGAUAGAGAAGAACUAUUUGGAGAGUCAUCCUCUGGGAAGGCUUCAAGGAGUCUAGCACAGCACAUCCCUGGUCCUGGUGGCAUAGAAGGUGUGAAAGGAGCAGCAUCUGGAGUUGUUGGAGAAUUAGCAAGAGCCAGGUUGGCACUGGAUGAAAGAGGGCAGAAACUUAGUGACUUGGAAGAAAGAACUGCGGCUAUGUUAUCAAGUGCAGAUUCAUUUUCUAAACAUGCUCAUGAGAUGAUGUUGAAAUACAAAGAUAAGAAGUGGUACCAGUUCUAACCACCAAAAUCCAUUAAGUCCAACUCAUCCAGAAGGAAAGAUGGUUUUCCUUUUUAUUUCAUUGAUUUACAUAGGAAAGUUAACAUUAAUGGGGUGUUCAUCACUGAAAACUGUUCUUUCCUAGCACAAUCAUGCACUGUUUUACCUCAGUCAUGUGGCUGUGCCUGGGGAGUGUUCACACACACUCAAACUGGAGCACAUUGUGUGUGCCAGCUAUGAGUUGACAGAUGAAGACACAAAGAGGGAUGUUGAGGAGACGUGCAGGGACUAUUUCUUGGAUCAUUCCUGUAUUAAACUUUCAUAUGCCAAAAGAUUUUGUGCCGUUGUAUCUGCCAUCAGUGUUUGACCUGUUUCAGGGGAGAGGCAAUAAGUCAGAAGUCUUGAGCUGAAAUGGUUAGACUUGUGUCACUGGAUUGAAUUAUACAGCUGUCUUGGACUCUCCUUUCCUUAAACUGACUGGGCAUCAGUAUCAUUCGUGAAAAAGAAACAAACUUUGUUACCAUAUCUUUAGAUUAAGCUGAAUGGUGGGCUUUAAAUAAUCAAAACAUACACAUAGUUGAUUUGUGUAUGGGCUACUCUUGGAUUCUUGUUAUUAUAUACUUGUGUUCAGUUUAUAUUUUGUCAAAAACAAAACAAAGUGAUAUGUCACUUUUCAUUGGAAAGAAAAGUGUGGAGCAUGACAGACGGAACUGCUCAUCAUUCUGGAAGUUUCCGUGUAGUAGCCAUGCAGAGUGGGAAGUGGGAAAACCUCCAUUGUGGUGAGGAGACUACUUCAACGUCCUUUGUCCCUUAUUCAUUCAGCUAAAGGUGAAUUUGACCAAAACAGUUAUUGGUUAAAUUUGUAGAAGAGUUGAAACUGGCUAAGUUUUUAAUUUUGCUUGGAUUUUUAUAAAAUGUUUAACCAAAUGUAUCUUUGCAUUAUUUAAUUAAAAUUGCUAAAAGAACACUGUUUCAUUAUUUCAGUAAAAUGCUGAGCUCCCUUUUUAAAAUACCGUGUAUUUGCUGAUAGUUCUGAUUCACUCAGGUGAUGAGCAAAUUAUAUCUCCGUGCACAUGUGGUGGUGUGGGAAACUACAAGUGUCUGUUGUCAGUCAUUCUGUAAGAGUCUAAUCUGAUGAUCUACAAAUUAUUUUCUGUAGAAAUAUACUAUAAGUCACUACAUGCCCUUUCAAGAUUUUUAAUAAACUUAGGGAAAGGAAAAUAUGUACACUUUGGUAACUAAAUUAUUCCGGUAAUGGAUUAUAAUGCUACUUGAUAUAGCAGUGGACAGUGUAUGAUUGACUACUAGAAUAGCAUUGCCAACAGAAAAGAAACCACUGGUGGAUCUGGAAGUAAGCAAUCUCUUUGUGUAGGCUAAUCAGAGAUAAUAUUUAUUGUUGUUAAAACCACAAAGAGCAAAGUAAAGCAUUAAGAUUAAUGUUAUUGACAUUAAAUAGUGUCCUAUGAAAAAUUGCUUAAAAUCAUUACAAGAUAAUCAGCACAAUUGAUAGCUAACAUGAUUGCUUUUCUAUUUCACAUAAUUGUUAAAGGUAUGUGUAAGACAUUUUAACUUUUUCACAUAAUCUGUUAUGCAUCUUUUUCUCUUUAUUCUUUUCAUUAAUAAAGUGUUUGUUUACAUUUUAUAAUGUGCACUACUGAUAUAAAAGUUUACAUCUAAGUUUAGGUAUCAUUGGGUAGGGAGUAAAUAUUUGUGGUGGAGAUAAUUGAUUAAGCCAAAAGAAAUAUUUUAAAGAUGCAAACAUUUUCAGAGGUUUUUGAAUUUGUAGAAAUACCAAUGAAUAACAUUUUUUUUUGUUUAAUAAUCAGCUGUCUGAUGAAAAUGGCAGUUUACUAAUUGCUUAAUGUAUAUAUAUAUAUAUAUAUAUAUUGUCCAAUAAACUCAUUCCAUGGUGUGUUUCAGGAAGUAUUAGGUCCUUUUAUAAAUGUGUAGUUUUGUGACUAUAGAAAUCAAGCUACAGAUUUUUUAAAGUUGAGAAAUAUUAAAUGAGUUAAUUCUUUAUCCCUGUAGAAGGCCAUAUUAGCUUCAUUUAAUUCACUGUGUUAUUUUUUGUUAUUUGUAUAAAAAUUUAUCUUUACUGUCAUUUUUUUCCUAUUGUAUAUAAAUGGGUCAAACUUGUAAAUUGUUUCCAAAUAGGGAUAUGGAUACUUUUACCUGAGAUGGAUUUUAUAAGACAAUCUUAAUGUGUUAAAUUAUUUCAUUGUUAGUCCACAAAUUAUGCACAACAAUCUGAAGACUUAUAGGGUUAUCAGAAAGCUUAAAAGUAUUUUGGGUAUAAGAAAUAAGCUUCCUCAGAGCUAGACUUGAUUCAGUCUGUAGAUAAGAAACAGUAAGUAACCCAGGGAUUUAUUAUAAUUUGAGAGAUGACCUCUCUCUCCUCUCUCUCUCUCUCUCUCUCUCUCUCUCUCUCUCUUUUGUUUUUGUUAAAUUCAAAAAGUAAUAGUCACAGCAACACAGGACUUCAGGAAAAAUAACACCACCAA